GCCGGCCGCGGCCCCGCCUUCCGCCUCCUCCAGGGUCUGGGGUGGCGGGAACUGUGGGCCGCGGGCCUGGGUCUUGCACGCAAGCAGACAAUAUAGGUCAUCCGUAGAAAACAUCUGAAGUUGUUCAGGACAAACACUGAAAAUAGCAAAAGAGAAGACAAUUUCAGGGGAAAUGGAAAUUUAACUUCGUUCAUUUAACAAAUUCCAUUUAACAAAACUGCUGAAAACCUACCUGUGCCAGGUGUUGUCAGAGGCAAUAGAAGACAGCAGUGAACAGAAGAGGCAACAGCUCCUGCUAAUAUACAGCUGCAGCACGUGAUGUCUUCUGGCUUCAGUGUUUUUAGAGUUGACAUCUCUUUUGUCAUAAUGUGCAUUUUUUAUAAGUCAACUGAAGAUUCUCUGCCAGAAGUGAGUUCUCAGAAUUAUUUCAGUACAUUGCAACCAGGAAAAGCCUCCUUAGCUUAUUUUUGUCAAACUGAUUCUCCGAGUACCUCAGUAUUUCUUGAACAACUGAAUGAGGCUGUUAGCCCUCUCCAGGACUAUGGGAUUUCAGUUGCAAAGGUUAAUUGUGUCAAAGAAGAAACAUCAAAAUAUUGUGGAAAUGAAAAGUAUUUGAUGAAAGCGUAUUUAUUCAGGGGCAACGUACUGCUUAGAGAAUUCCCUACUGACAGCUUGUUUGAUGUGAAUGCUAUUGUCGCCCAUGUUCUCUUUGCUCUUCUUUUUAAUGAAGUGAAAUAUAUUACCACUCCAGAAGACCUUCAGAAUAUAGAAAAUACUCUGAAAGGAAAAGCAAACAUGAUUUUCUCAUAUGUAAGAGCCAUUGGAACACCAGAGCAUAGAGCAGUCAUGGAAGCUGCUUUUGUGUACGGGACCACAUACCAAUUUGUCUUAACCACAGAAAUUGCACUUUUGGAAAGUAUUGGCUCUGAGAAUAUCGAACACGCACAUCUCUACUUUUCUCAUUGUGAACCUGUCCUGGACCUGGCUCAGCAGUGUAGAAGAACACGAAUGGAGCGGCCACUGAGUACGCUGAACAUUCACAUGUUUGUUAAGACUAUGAAAGCACCUCUGUUGACUGAAGUUGCUGAAGAUCCUCAACAAGUUUCAACUCUUCAUCUCCAGCUGGGAUUACCACUGGUGUUUAUUGUCAGUCAACAGGCUACAUAUGAAGCUGACAGGAGAACCGCUGAGUGGGUUGCGUGGCGUCUCCUGGGGAAAGCGGGAGUGCUGCUCUUGCUAAGGGAUUCUUUGGAGGUGAGCAUUCCUCAGCAUGCUAACGUGGUCUUCAGAAAGGCAGCAAAGGAUGUUCCAGUGGAAUAUUUAGUUUUACAUGAUGUUGAUUCAAUAGUUUCCCAUGUGGAAAAUAAAAUAUAUGUUGAACAAGUACAAGAAGAUGAAGAUGAUGAUGUGGAAGACCUAGAUCUGGAUGUUCAAGAUGAUGAAGUGGAAGAAACUGUCUUCAGAGAUAGGAAGAGACAGUUACCUUUGGAGCUAACAGUGGAACUAACAGAAGAGACCUUUAAUGCGACAGUAAUGGCCUCUGACAGCUUAGUGCUCUUCUAUGCUGGUUGGCAUGCAGUAUCCAUGGCAUUUCUCCAAUCCUAUGUUGAUGUGGCAGCUAAAUUGAAAGGCACAUCCACUAUGCUUCUUACUAUAAUAAAUUGUGCAGAUUGGUCUGAUACAUGUACUAAGCAAAAUGUUACUGAAUUUCCUGUGGUAAAGAUGUACAAGGAAGGCGAGAACCCAGUGUCAUAUGAUGGUAUGUUAGGGACUGAAGCACUUUUAAAGUUUAUCCAACUCAACAGGAUUUCAUGUCCAGUAAACAUAGCCUCAAUCCAAGAAGCAGAAGAAUAUUUAAGUGGAGAAUUAUAUAAAGACCUGAUUGCCUAUUCUAAUGUGUCAGUACUGGGACUGUUUAAUCCAGCCAUGAUAACAGCAAAAGAAUAUUUCAUUGAAGCAGGAAAUUACCUAAAAGGACAUGCCAUUACUGGAAUUUACUCUGAAGAUGAUGUUUGGAUAUUGUCAAAUAAAUAUGCUGUAACUCUCCCAGCCCUGGUGCUUGCCAGACACAAAGAAGACAAAAUAGAAAGUAUUCCACUAGUUGGCUCUCAUGCACAAGACAUAGUUCAAAUAAUAACAAGCGCAUUACUGGAAACAUUUCCAGAAAUCACUGUGCAAAAUCUUCCCUCAUAUUUAAGACUUCAGAAGCCACUACUUAUUUUGUUUAGUGAUGGCAUCAUAAAUCCUCAGUAUAGAAAAGCAAUAUUGACACUAAUGGAACAAAAAUACUUGGAUUCACUUACUCCUUGCUGGUUAAAUUUAAAGAAUACUCCUGUGGGGAAAGGAGUCCUGCAGGCAUAUUUUGGUCCUUUGCCUACCCUCCCUGUUCUUGUUUUGGUGAAUCUUCAUUCAGAUGGCCAUGUAUUUGCAUUUCCUUCAGACCAGUCAAUAACUGAACACAGCCUUAUAUUGUGGCUUAAGAAAUUAGAAGCAGGGCUAGAACAUCAUAUCACAACUUUAUCUGCUCAGAAGUGGAAGCCUCCUCUUCCAGCCUAUGAUUUUCUAAGCAUGAUGGAUGCUGAAACGUCGCAGCAGCAUCCCACCAAGAAGGUUCCUGAGUGUCUGAAAGAAGGAGAUGUGCGUGAUAGUGGUAAGGGACAUGAAGACAAAUCAGCAGUCAAAAAAGAGCCCACUGAAACACCGAGAAUAAAACAUUGGAAUAGAAAUAACUGGUUUAAAGAAACAGAAAAAUCACUUAGGCAUGAUAAAGAGUUAUGAACUAUUUACAA